ACCGUAACCACAACAGCGUGAUCUCUAUUCCUUAGAGCAAUGACAAGUGGGUGGUACUGUAACGGAGAACAAAAAAGAUGAAGACAUAAUGCAACAACAACCGAAGGACUAAUAUAAAAAGCUUUUUUUAACAAUACGAGCUAUGCAUGCAGAGUUUUCUAAAAGAAACUUAACGAGUUUAAAAACAACACUAAUCAAACGAACACCUCGCAAGGGGUUUUAAAUCAAGGACUUUUAACAUCUGCGUAAACGGAGAUCUAAUUUCACUUCUACUCAAGAAAUCACCAAGUCCUCAAAGAACAAAAAGGGCAAUCACUUCAUGUGAGGAGAACAUCUCAUCAUUUUAAACCAGGUGAAGUCGGAUUGUUUUGUCGUGAAACAACGAAUGGAAACUUGUAAAGGACGAACUCAGAUGAAUAUAUUAAGCAUCUGUUUGUUCAGAAUAUGAGGAAUCAAACGGGAUACUGUGAAACAACAGGCGGUCAGCGUUUCACGAUGGCCAAUGUUAAAACGGCUCCCGUGCUGAGGGGUCCCGCCGCGCAGAAGGAGCGUCCCGCACCCGAAGGCGCAGGAUCUUCAGCCUAUGAUUCCCAUGCAGCACCAUGGACAGGGUUUGCAGGCUCGCUGCCGACACCCCUCACAAACUCUCUCCUUCGAUCAAAAUGGCCCAAAGACACUUUAAACGGUUACCAGCCUGAAUACAGCUCCACUGGGACGAAAAGAGAGUUUUUGGACACCGGGCAUUUAUGCAAAAAGUGCAUCUCUCAUUUCAACGUCUUCAGAGGGGAAGCGUUAAAACAAGUAAUCGACGGAAACCUUUCUACUAAAGAUCCCAAAAUCUCCAUUCAUCUUUAUGAGAGCAUGAAAGCCCCUGCUAGUGUGGAGUCCUGGGGCAGUGUGGAGGGCCGAUGCAGCGUCUGCUCCGCUCACUAUAGCCAGCUGAAGCAGGAGGCCAUCCGCACCAUCCUUACCCAGGACCGAGCCAUAUGGACUCCCCCAUCUACUGCCAACAUCCCAUCCACAACCCCAGACCCAGGCUCACAAACGCUCCCCAGAACCUGGAGCCACCGAUCUGUCGUCUCAGACCCCCAUCAGAGGCCCAGUGAAGCAGCUCCUCAUUGCUGGAUUAAGGGCCGUCAGCAUUUUGAGGCCCUGUGGCCCCUGUCCUCAUGCAAAGGAAUUCAUCCAGAAUCCCAGAAGUCUUCCCAGAGUCCUUCACAUUCAGGAAAGGUGUGUGAGAAGGAGAACAUGACCUCUACAGCUCUGUGCAACUACAGCCCGUCACGGCCGUCCCGUUCAUCCAGCAUGUCUUCUCUGCUCCCCGCUGGAACCUCCGCCGCCUUGUCCUUCUUUGUCAAGGCUGCACAAAAGUUGAAUGGGAUGGUCAGGAGAGGAAGGUCGUUCUCAGAAAGCGGCGCUUCUCCACAUCUGACAAACUUCAGUGGUGUCCUGCAGAAAUCUCCUCCUCAAGCACCGGCCAGCAUCUUUCAAACCGCUGGGAAAGGCAAGGAGACUUCUGGGAUGGGAAAGGUGAAAGUGAUGCUGCGAGUCUGUUCAGCGCCUGUAUCAGAUCCAUCCCAGUCAUACUCUUUCAAACUGGACCCCCAGAAGAGGCAGAUGACGGUGCUAAAUGUGCCUCAGAGACAGACUUCUGCUGCUUCACUUUCCUUCAAGACCUUCAGUUUUGAUGCUGUGUUUGGCCAAGAGUCAGCUCAGGCUGAGGUUUGUGAGAACAGCUUGUGUGAGGUGCUUCAGUGUGUGCUGGCAGGAGCGGAUGGUUGCAUACUUAGCUUUGGACAAAACAAUGUGGGAAUGUCUUACACAAUGAUCGGUCACGAUGCUUGCACUCAAAGCCUUGGAGUCAUUCCGUGCGCAAUCUCGUGGCUUUUCAAGCUUAUUAACAGAAAGAAAGACAAGACAUGGGCGAACAUCUCAGUUUCUGUGUCAGCUCUGGAGGUCUGCGGGGAAAACAAUGGCAUCAGGGAUUUGCUCUGCGAUGUUGACACGAGCAACUGCAAGGAGACCUAUAAGCCAGAUGCUUACCUCACUGAGGACCCAGUCUAUGGAGUACAGCUCUGCAGCCACAAUGUACUAAAUGCUCAGACUCCAGAGAGAGCUGCUUUCUUGCUGGAUGCGGCUAUUGCAUCUCGCAGUGGGACGCUGGACAGUGAAGGGAAGCACUGCUGUCACAUGUUCUUCACCCUGCAUGUUCGCCAACAGCACAUAGGAAGCAGCAGCAAAUCUGGGACAAAUGUAGAUCAAAGUAAGCUGAGCCUGAUUGAUUUAGGGAGCUGCGUUGGGGAAAGAGAAGAAAGCAACUGUGGGGUCUGCCUUGCUGAGCUGGGAAACUUUAUCACAGCCAAUCUCAACAGACAUAAAUAUGUUUCUAAUAGGGGAAAUACAUUAGCCAUGCUUCUGCAAGACUCUCUUAAUGAUGUCAACUGCUGCACUACAAUUAUUGCCCAUAUAUCCACUUUAUCUGAAGACCUAACAGAAAGCCUCUGUACAAUGCAGACUGUGUCUCGAAUGCGAAGGCAGAAAAAGAAGACAAGGAAAUCUUCCUCAAGCUCACCUGGAGGAAGAAGCUUAGGCAAUGAGAGGAAAGUUAAUAAUUCCACCAAAAUGAGAUUCCAAUCGACAGGAACCCUGGAUCAAGAUCUCUCCUCUCCUGGUUUCUCUAGUGAUCCAGCAUUUUAUCCUGGGAGCGACAACUCUUGUGAUACUAUUAUCUCAAUGGAUCGGUCUGGCCUCCUGGAUAAAGAGGUUACAAACAGAAGCAGAGAGGUUUUACCUAUUAUUCCAUCUUUACUCAAGAACAAAUUAGAGACCAAGAAGCUCUCGCUGAUGAGGUUUUGUGAAAUCUCUCCACCAAUUGGCAAUCGCAUGAAGCAGAUAUCAAAAGAAAAGGCCAAAGAAGAGCCAACACCAACAAUAUUGCAAAAUAAAUCAGAUUUUGAGUGUCUAAAGUGUAACACAUUUGCAGAACUCCAAAAUCGACUGGGAAAUAUAGAUGGAACAGAGCUGGACCCUUGCAAAGAUCAGGAAGUGCAUGCCAUAAACCAAAACCAAAACCCUCACUUAAAUCACGCUGAGAAAAAAUCUAAUUCAUUGGAUAAUCAAGAGUCAAGCAAAUGUGAAGUUACCAGACAAGGAAGCUCAUCAAAAACAAUUGCCAUAAUUCACAACAGUGAACAAAUUCCAUGUACCACCAAUUCACAGAUUAUUAACACAUGUCCACAACAGUCACAUAUUGUCAAACCAAUCAAUUCCAUGUUGUCUAGCCAAUCUCCAAGCAAAUCUAUGCUUUACAAUAAAAAAAUGGAUACGACGCCCACUUCACUACCUUUGAAAUUUGAAGACCAAGAUAAAACAAGAGUAUCAGACGAUUCCACAAUGCAAACUCAAACACGAAUAUCUCCCAUUGGCAAGAGUUCUCCAAGAUCUACCUCUUCUUCUUCUUUUUCGUCAUCCCUCUCUUCCAGUUUGAGCUCCCCAGCUGUUUCUGCCUCUUUGAAUGGAGACGUUCCACCUUGUACCUUAAAGAACCAACGAGAAAUGAGGGCCACCAUUACUGUGACUGUUCAGCAGCCACUGGAUCUUAAUGGACAAGAUGAACUUGUGUAUACUGUGGUUGAGGAGGUAACAAUAAAUGGGGCCACUGAUCAAGGAAAGGCAAAAAUAUUAAGUAUUCAUGAGUCACACUCUCUCCAGGCUUUAACGCCAGGAAAUCAGUCUGUCAGGAUUAUCGGUAGUGUAGGUGAAGAACAAACAGAGGGUUUUUAUAGUUGCACCUCUAAUGCACAGACAUCAGAGACUGAAAUCUCCAUGGCCUCGUCUGAUACAGCUGCCCGACAUACUAAAAUCAAUGCACAUAUUGAUUCAAAAGGCCUGUCGCAGCAUGAGACUUGGCCUGAAGUGCGUCUAACAGAAGAUGUGAAGGAGAUACCUAAAGAAGCCAAGGUUAAACUUGACCCUCACUGUGAGAUCUCGAAAUCCAGACAAUUUGCUUGUGAAAUUAAACCUGAGCAGAGCUGGUUGUGCCAAAACAAAAAGAAAGAUGUCAAAGAUUGUCCACACUUAAACAAAGAACACAAGAACCCAUGCAGUCCCAAAGACACUCUUGAGAAAAAACAAUAUACUAAAAAAGAAUUUACCAAUGGUCAAUCUGCAAGCAACAGUCCCAAUCUGAAAAGGAAAGAUGCAAAAGAAGAGGCUAGAACAGCCAGAAGUGCAAUGCUAAACCAGGCUACGAAAUCUCAUUUUGAAGAGAGCAGUAAGUUGUUUAAUGCAAAACUGAAAGCAUUAUCCGGUAGGAGCCAAACUUGGGAUCAGAGUAAUAGCGGGAGCUUAACAGGAAGCUUGAAAGGUAAUUCUAGCUCUCCGAGACUUAAAAGCAAGUACCUUGAAGAGACUGCUUUCAUCAACGUGGCUCCUAAAUGCAUAUUAGAUGAAGAAUCCAUUCCAUCUCAACGCAGCCCUCUUCCUUUUAAAGAAGACUUUGAGGAUUUUGUGAGGUGUCGAGCUAGUCAGAGUCUUGGAAGGGUUCCACAGUUCUUCCCAAUGCAUGAUGCCAAUGACACAACCCGGACAUCUAAAAAUGGUCACUCUAAGUCAACCACUGGAAAUAAAUUCACCACUAGUUCAAAGAUCCACAAGAUGCCAAACUUGUCUCCCAAACCCACCAGACACCCGCUCAACAGAAGCUCAAGUUUUUCUCCAAAUGGAGCACCUGUCAACCAAAGCUCUUGGACCACACACUCCCUGUCCCGAAGUCAAAACAAUGGAUGUUUGAAGUCCCCUGGAGCAAUACGGAAAGGAAGGGUUGAGCUUUUAAGAAGCAGUCGAGACUCUCUUUCUGCAUUUAGUCAAGGUGGGUCUGAUUUAGAUGAAAAUGAGGAAUUGGAAACAAUGGAGCCAUUUGUUCACACAUUGCCGUCCCCGUAUAGUCGGAUUACAGCUCCACGGGCACCACACUGCAGCGGGCAUGCCAGUGAUACCACGAGUGUACUCAGUGGUGAGCUUCCUCCUGCCAUGUGUAAAACGGCUUUACUCUAUAACAGAAGCAGUAUGGUUAGUAGUGGCUAUGAAAGCAUGCUUAGAGAUAGUGAGGCUACAAUCAGCAGCAGUUCAACACACAACUCCAUCAGUGAUCAGAGCUGUUCACUCGGUGCUGCAAAAGGGGCAAGAAGUACCAAGAAAAGAAGCAACAUUGGGUCCAGUGUAAGACGUCCAUCUCAAGAGAACCUCAUGUCACUGAAGAGAUCCUUAAGCGGGCCCAAGACACACCGAGUGGAUCGGAGUGUUUCUGACUCUUAUGAAAUUAAAGUCUAUGAGAUUGAUAAUGUAGAUGGCGUACAGAAGAGAGGUGGGGCAGGGAACAAGGGUGUAGUCCUCUUUAGUGCAAAGCUGAAAUUUCUGGAGCAUCGACAGCAGAGAAUAGCAGAGGUGAGGCUCAAGUAUAGUGCUCUCAAGCGGGAGCUGGAACAUGCCAAGCAUCAUCUGAUGUUGGACCCUGCAAAAUGGACCCGUGAAUUUGACUUAUGGCAAACCUUUGAGGUAGACUCCCUGGAGCAUUUGGAGGCCUUGGAGGUGGUCACGGAGCGACUAGAGCGUCAUGUUAACCUCUGUAAAGCACAUGUGUUGAUGGUCACCAGCUUCGAUGUUACACCCAAGUGCAGACUAAAGUGGAGGCAUCGGCCCACCAUAGAUCAUACUACAUUUGUAGGAAUUUAGCAUGCAGUGUUUACAUGUUAUGCAUUGUUUGAAAUUGUAUGCAAAUCAAUGCCUUUAAAUGAUCUCAAAAGCUUCCAUUGGCAUUUACUUGAAAUUUAAUUUGCUGUAAAUGGUUUGUGCUGUUAGCAUUAGCCUUAAAGCUAACAACAAUAGGUUGCAGAUACUGUCUGAACUUAAAUUGGCUGAUAGGCUUUCCACGCCUGAAACUGUUAAGCUAUAGGGUGGUGUUUUUGGACAAUCGUGUUUUGUUUUUUUGCAUUUGUAUAACCUUUUUUUGUCUGUAAUAUAACUGCUUGUAUAGGUAUUUAAUCCGUUUCUCUCUGAAGCAUAACUUUAUGAUUAUCUGCAUAAGAAAAAAAAACUGUAGCACCUUAUUGUUUCACAGAAAUGCAUAUAUUUUGGCCUAAACUUAAAAGUUGUGGUAACCCACUUUCUUUGAAAAUAAAAUAAAUAAGUACAAAAUAAAAUGAAAGGGUGUGAAAUAAAACUAACCUAUUUACACCCUUUUUAAAAGGGGUAAAAUAAUGGGUUAGAAAAAGACCUCUGCAAAAGCAACUUUAACUGAGAGUUAAAAUAAUCCCUUUCAAGGUAAUUUUAAUACCCAGUGUGUAUUUUGUUGCCCUUGCUGAUGCUCUAACAGCAAAUAAUUUGGAAGUCCUAAUGUAAAAGUUAUUUAUUUCUUGUGUAUGCUAAAAUAAAAAGUUGUUAUGCA